GAUGCGCUUUCUCUCCUGGUGCUUGACGGUGGUGGUGGUGAGCGACGAUCCCUCCUUCCUCUCUGCCUUCGCAGAGGUAUCAGACAGGGGUCGCCUGAUAGUGUGGGAGACGAAGCUAUUAGUGGUCACCAGGCUGGACCUGCUAAGAGUUGAGGCUCUGCUGCAGGGUUACUGGAUCUUCUCCAUGAUGAACACCAUGUUCCUUACCCCGAAGUACUGGGAAAGUGAGAGGUGGCAAGUAUUCACAUACCUCCCCUACACCCCGGAAGGAUCCAAAGUGAUGUGCAUAGCCAAAGAAAGCUCUAGAGAAGGCUUGAUCAUCGCUGAAGGUUACGCGCUCUUCCCAGAAAAAUACAAAAAUUUCCAUAAAAUGCCAGUAAACAUGAGCGUGUUCCCCUUGCCACCCCAUUGGAGCGAAACUGUCUGGUUGAAACCAGACGGAAGCCGCGAAUCUGUCAUUGAGGGACGAGACUACUUAAUAAUAAAGGCCAUCUCUGACGUCCUAAAUUUCUCCAUCAAUCCUCUUCCUUACAAAGGCUGGGACCCUGUACUGGAACGACUAAGGACGCGCGAAGCCUUGAUCAGACCAAUCAAUUAUCCCGUCAUGGCCCACAUGGUCGCAGAGCUCGACUUCAGCUUUUUCUUGGAGCCAUCAGCUUUGGCAUUUGCCUUUGCUAAGCCCACCAUUGAGCCCACCUGGCAAGCUCUCUACCACCCGAUGCAAGUCGAAGUCUGGAUUUCUAUCCUGAUUACCGUGUUCCUGGUUUAUGGUAUACUCUUGCUGAUGAUGCAAGGCACCUACAGUGAUGGUUCAGGGGCGUGGAUGGUGCUGAAGCAGGUGGUUGGGACGCUGCUGGACGAGGCCAUUCCAGGGGAGUUGCCAAGAAAGAACUCAACGCGUGUUCUUUUAACAGUAUGGCUGAUCUUUGCCUUUAUUGUGGGAACUGUUUAUCGCAGCAACCUGACUGCUAGCCUCACCGCACCUAAGUAUCCACCUCGCCCGGAAACACUUGCUGACCUUGUGGACAUGGGAAUCACAGUCACGAUCAUGAAAAGAAUGGACAUAUUCUUACGCAGCUUUAAGGACUCAGGAUCUGAAACCUUAAGGACCUUUAGUGAAAGAGUUGAGUACGUGCCCUCCUACAAGGAAGGAUUACCAAAAAUAUUGACGGAAAACAAGGCGCAUAUGUAUGAACGACUGUAUCUGGAGAUGAAGGUGGCGGAAGACUUCACCCAAAAGGAUGGAUCGACGCCCCUCUACGUGACACAAGGGAACCUCAUGCCUGGUUACGCUUCCUUCCCGCUUGUACUGGAUGCUCCUUUCAAGACCAACAUUGACAACUGUCUAAUUGCCAUACACGGAGGAGGACUGAUUAACUACUGGACCAGAAAGGUAAUCAGCAAAAUCAAAAGCGCCAAUAGAAAGCGUAUGAACGUAAGUCAACCAGAAGAUACCUCCAGCGGGUAUGGGCGAGCCCUAACUCUAGUGCACAUGCAAGGUCCAUUCUUCCUUUAUCUUAUUUGCGUAUUUGCUUCCCUUGCUGCUUUCCUGAGGGAGGUGGUUUCUAGAUUCUAUUACGUUGGUCAUCACAUUGCAAUUUCUUCUUAUCCUUAAUAGGAUGGUUCCAGAUCUACUUUGUAAUGUUGUAUUGUAUGAUGUCAUUUGGAAAAAUUGUUAAAAAAAAUAAGUGCACGAAACUAUAUAACAUCAUAAAAUGUAUACAAAUUCAGGGUAAUGUAUAACUAUUGAUUUCAAAUAGAUAGAUAGAUAGAUAUAGAUAGAUAGAUAUAGAUAGAUAUAAGUAGAUAGAUAUAGAUAGAUAUAGAUAGGACGAUUUUUUCUGGUUUACUGUAUAGCUUAUUGAAAAGCCAAAUCUCCCUUAAAAAAGUACCUUAGAUCCUGGGAAGAGAAGCGUCUCUGCCAAAAAGGAUAACAUCUGCAAAACUGAAACCGACGUCAGCUGAAAAGAAUGACAGCUUAGUGAGAGCAUUGGGCAACUGGACCAAUUACUGGUUGAUAUGACUGAUUCUGCCUCCUUCGUAUCAAUUCAGAGGUAGGAACAUGCAUUAAUUUCAUAUAGAGACUGAUUCAUCCAACUGCUAUGCUUUCAUAUAAACUUUUUAUUCACUCAUGUAUUUGCCCUUCAACUUUUGAGUGGGUUUUUCCUGUUCAGUAAAACGCAGCUCAAAAUGCGAGGGAAAGCUAUACACGGCAAAUAUAAUUCUUCAUCAUAUUGAAAAUUAA